UUUCUUCGAUCAAACGCUGCCUUCAUUGGUAUUUGAAGGGACAAAAGCACCACUCUUUUGUACACCGCGCUGCAACUUGUUGUUUUUUGAGAUCCAAGGUCCUUUAAUGGCGGUUUCCUUUUCGAGUGGCCGUACUUUGUCUUUUUCUAGGGUUUCUAAAGACUGUAUUUGUUGGCCUUUGAUCGAGUCCAGCUAUUUCGAAAGCGAUUUGUGUCGUUUUUAGUGUUUUGUAAGGAGUCAGUGAGAGUUGCAGAGGCGUAAAGCUUUGCAAGUGUAGAGGUCUGGUAAUGGCGCCUCUGUAUAUGAUUUCUUUACUUGUUUAAAGGGGAUUUUUUCUGUUUCGCAGUGGAACUUGAGGGAACAGCUAGUUGUAGCCUGUGUUCUCUGUUUUAUUGAUGAUAAUACUGUGAAAUUCCAGAGAAUUUAGUUGCUUUAAGGUCCGGCAAUGGCGGCUUGUUGCUGUCUUAUACGUCUUAAAUAGGCUUUCUAUUGUACCAGAAGGCUUAAUCACAUGCCGUUAUUAAGCAAACUUUUUUCCUUCGGUGAAGUUUUGAAAGAUAUUACAGGGCCUUCUUUGUUCAAAUUUUUGAAAAAAUGUCUUGAAUUUAGAUCUCCUAUUCCUGGUUUUUGUAAAGGAAUUUGAAGAAUUUGAGCUUUAGGCUGCGAAUUACUCAUCCUUUUUGCUUUAAAGUCAAGACUUCCUAUUUUAAAGUUCUUGAUUACAUAUUUAGGUUGCAGGUCCUUCAAUUGGAGGUAUCAUAUUCCUUUGGCUUUAUAAUCUGAAAAGGAGGUUCACUGUAAAUUCAUUUCCUUCCCUUUUGAAUAUCUCUAUCUUAAACUGAAUCAUCUUUUGAUAUAGCGAAUCUGUUUUUGAAGACCAAUAUGAAUAUCAAAUCAGUUCAAAACAAGCUAAGGACAUGGAUCUGGGCCUUAAAGCUCAUUUUCCUCUGUAUCGGGUUCAUCUCAACUCUCCUUCUCUUGAAACUUUCCCUUCCUAAUCUCUCUUCAUUUCUCCAGACCUCCAUUCCUGGUUUAUGGCUCUGUUUUCGAGCGUGUCUCUCUCCACCUUACCUCUACAUCAUAGUAAACUGUAUAAUCAUCACUAUUGCUGCUUCUUCGAGCUUUCAAAAAAAUCGGUCAGAGAGCAAAGAAGUUGCAGAAGAGAUGGUUUCUGAUCAACAUAAGCCAAGCGAUACGGAGUACAAAGAAGAGCCAGAGGUCAUCAACAAUGGCGAUGUUCCUCUAAGCUACAAGGAAGAGCCAGAACCAGUGACUCUCGGAAUUGGCUUCGAUCAAAAGGUCUCUGAGAAUGAAGAACCAGAGCUCAUUGGCAAUGGUCAUUCUCUUCGAAACUUCAUCGAAGAACCUGACCUCGAUUUUAAUGGAGAGUAUCUGCUAAACUACAAUGAAGAACCAGAUACCACCACCCAUGGUGAUAAUGCCCCGAUACCUGAGAGCUCGAUUCUGGCGGAAAAUAACUGGAAACUGUCGCUCUCCGGCCGUUUCCUCUACGGGAAAACCGUUAAAAUGGAGCCGCCGAGAUCGUUCGGCGUUACAAAGCCGAAGCCCAAGUACGAGACCCUGGAGUCUACUUGGCGCGCGAUCAUGGAGCGAAAGUCCAAGCCGCUCAAUCGCCACCUUAAAAAGAGUGACACGUGGGACACGGGGCCAAGGCUCCAGCGCGCUGAGCAGGGGCUAGUGCCAGAGCCGGAGCUGGAGCUGGAGCCGGAGCCGAGGCAGGCGAGUCGGCGCCAGAUUAAGAAGUCGGAGACGUUUGUCAAGAGAGAGAAGUCGAUGAGCCAAGAGGAGCUUAAUCGCAGGGCUGAGGCCUUCAUCAAGAAGGUUAAUGACGAUAUUAGGCUGCAAAGACAGGAGUCUUAUCAGCAUUAUGUGGAGAUGGUCAAUAGGGGGAGCCGUUAAUUAACUAACUGAUCCAGGAUCGAUGGCCGUGGUGGUUUUACAGGAUGAAAUCGACGGUCAGGAUCUCUUGAGAGCGACCAGUUGAUUUUGGUAGCUUCUCUGGAAAAGAUGCUGCUUCUUCAUGGUUUUGUGACGGAACGUCUCUCUCUCUCUCUAAGAAAUAUUGCUUCUUCAGGAGUUCUUUUUGUGGUCUCUCUCUCUAAGAAAUAUUGCCUCUUGAGGAGAAGUCUCUCCCUCUCUCUACCCGAAAUAUUGGUUCUUCAUGGGUGUGUGUUUCUCGCUCUCUCUCUCUAGUUAGAAGAAAAGUAUCUCUUGAUUGGUUCCAUCUCACUUUCUUGAUUGAUUUGCUUUGUGUUCCUUUCCAUUUCCCUUUCUUGAUAGAUUUGUCAGGUAUCUUUUAGGUGAUUUGUUAGGUUUGGUGUUCCUACACAUCUCUCUCUCUUCGGUAAUCUGUUAGGUUUGGUGUUCUUACGCAUCUCUCUCUUUCUCUCGUUGGAAGAAAUUUUAUCUUGAUUAAGAAAAAAUUUCUUGAUUGGUUUUCGUUUGAGGGUUUCUUUCCUUCUCACUUCCGUUUUUUUGGUAUAAUUUGUUAGGUUUGCUUAUCAUACACAGUGAAGCUGCUGUAUCUGAAAAAGCCCACGAAACUACCCUCCAUUUUAUUUCGUGAGGGGACUGCCUUCUCUCUCUCUCUCUCUUGUAAACUUUAAGGUGCUUAAGAGUGAGAGUGCCUCUCUCUCUCUGAGUUGCUUUACACUAUAGGUGCUUUACUUCUCUAUCUCCUGAAGUGAAUUAAGAGCGAGUGGCUUUCUCUACUCUCUCUUUCAAUGAAAGAGAUCCUCUCUCUGGGUCCCUCUCUCUGGUUUUAGUCAUUGAAAAGUUCAUGUUGUCUUCGUUGGUUUGUCUUUUGACUGCAGAAGGUUGUUUUUUUCUUCUUAUUUUCUUUUUUUUUUUUAGUGUAGAAGGUUGUGAUUUUUGUUAUGAUAUGCCAUUUAUGUAUAUAUUCGUUUUGUAACUUCUCUUGGGGCUUUGGCGUGCAUAUAACAUGCAUGUAGUUUCACUGUA